CCCAGCUGUCCCCUCUAUAGUCUAUUCUUCACACAGUAGGUCUCCCCUCAUCUUGUGUUCCGUCUUCUCUCCUGGUUGGAGUGCGUUUUUGGUUUUAUUAGGCUUUGAGAGGUCUGGGGAUGGGGAGAGCACCGUGCUGUGACAAGGCUAACGUGAAGAGAGGGCCAUGGUCUCCAGAGGAAGAUGCAGUCCUUAGAAACUAUGUUGAGAAGCAUGGCGCUGGUGGGAACUGGAUUGCUUUGCCCCAGAAAGCAGGCCUCAAACGUUGCGGCAAGAGCUGCCGCCUCCGAUGGCUAAAUUACCUCCGACCAGACAUCAAGCACGGCGGCUUCACGGAGGAAGAAGACAACGUCAUUUGCGCUUUCUACAGCAAAAUUGGAAGCAGGUGGUCUGUUAUUGCUUCCCACCUGCCUGGAAGAACUGACAAUGAUGUCAAGAAUUAUUGGAACACUAAGCUCAAGAAGAAGAUGAUGGCCACCAACAUCACCUUCACCUCCACCUCGACACCACCACCACCCCAGCCUCCUGUCCUCCCGACCAUCAAGGCCGAGGACCAUGCCGGCGCCGGCGCUGAUUUCUCGAAAAGCCUCGGCACAGACUUGGGCGUCGCUCAUGACUCCCCGAAGCUACACUCCGGGAUCACACGGUUCUCCAUGAUGGUCGACCCGAUGGAGCAGCAGCCUGAUUUCUGCCGGAGCGUUGGCAUGGCGCCGCCGGAAGACAUCUCGGCAGCCUCAUCGUCUAUCACGGUCGACAGCAGCGGCGGCAACGGCUGCAUUAAUUGGUCCGCCGAUGGAGUUGGUGGCGACGACGCGUUCCUCUUUGGUGACUUCUUUGGUGGCUAUGGAUUCCAGGAGGGGAUGGGGGUGGCAUCCCCAUACUACUAUUCAAACCUAACCAGCAUGUGAGCUGCUAAUGAGACCAGGACACAAGAGUUGCAACAGAGUCUCACAUUCUCGUAGAGGAAGCCAGUCAGAAAGAUCAUGGAAUUAAUAGAUUCUGUAGGAGUAGUAGUAGUAGUUCUAAGCUCAGAUGCUUUACUUUGUUUUCUUUGUAUUUUUGAAUGUUGUGUUGGGGUGGUAUACUAGAAACCUUGAUGUAAAUUAAGAGAAAAGGAUUGGAUUUUAGAUGAAGUCACCAGAAAUUGACAUUAACCUCUUGUUAUUGGUGUUACCGUUUCAAAGUCUCUAUAAUUAAUGACCAUCGUUAACUUCUUCAA